CACCUCUCACUCUAAAACUCAACAACAGAUUUUCACAUAUCUUUCUUUCUCUUGAAGGAAAGAAGAAGAUCUCCAAGUCUCAAGUUGUUAACACAAGAACUAAACAUGGGUCAUCUCGGGUUCUUAGUUAUGGUUAUGGUAGGAGUAAUGGCUUCUUCUGUGAGCGGUUACGGUGACGGUGGCGGUUGGAUCAACGCUCACGCCACGUUCUAUGGCGGUGGUGAUGCUUCCGGCACAAUGGGUGGUGCUUGUGGAUAUGGUAAUCUAUAUAGCCAAGGCUAUGGGACGAGCACGGCGGCUUUGAGCACGGCUUUGUUCAACAAUGGACUUAGCUGUGGUUCUUGCUUUGAGAUAAAAUGUGAAAACGAUGGUAAAUGGUGUAUAGCUGGCUCAAUCGUUGUAACCGCUACAAACUUUUGUCCGCCAAACAACGCCUUACCGAACAACAAUGGUGGUUGGUGUAAUCCUCCUCUUCAACACUUUGACCUUGCUCAGCCUGUUUUUCAACGCAUUGCUCAAUACAGAGCUGGGAUCGUUCCAGUUUCCUACAGAAGGGUGCCAUGCAGAAGAAGAGGAGGAAUAAGAUUCACGAUAAACGGCCAUUCAUACUUCAACCUUGUUCUAAUCACUAACGUCGGUGGUGCCGGAGACGUUCACUCAGCUGCGAUCAAGGGUUCAAGAACAGGUUGGCAAGUUAUGUCAAGAAACUGGGGACAAAACUGGCAAAGCAACUCUUACCUCAACGGUCAAGCACUUUCCUUCAAGGUCACCACCAGCGACGGCCGUACCGUUGUCUCCUACAACGCCGCUCCUGCCGGCUGGUCUUACGGCCAGACCUUCGCCGGUGGACAGUUCCGCUAAAAAAAGGCAAUUUGGUCAAUCACUUCUUCUUUUAUCUAAAGUAAAACUCAUUUGUGUGGUGUGUAGAGGGCAUAUUAGUAAACUCGAUUAUUAAGAGAGUGGUGCGUCGACUCGAGGGCUCGGUUUUGCGGAAGGCCUUGAUGACGUCUAUCCUUUUUUGGGACCUCUUUAUGUUUCUUUCUUAAAAGUAGUUUUUGUUAAGAAAGAAAGAAGAAAAAAAAGUUAAUAGUAGUUAAUGUAUUACUGAAUACUGAUGCAGAGGUGGAGUUUUAACUACCACCCUCUAGUAGUAGUAAUGAGUUGUUUCAAGGCGUGAGGGAUGGGUUGUGAUGUUGUGUUAUGAGAUUAAAGAAAAGUUGUUAUGUAUGUUUGUAACAAAUACAAUUCUUUACUAAAGUUAUUUACAACCAGUAUCGGUUAUAUUGUGAGCUUUAUCAUA